AUGUCUCAUCUUCGUUACUACUCAUACGAAGGACUUGGUCAAAAGAACCUGAAGCGGUUUAGCUAUAACCAAGCUGUGCGUGUGGGUGACAAGAUCGAGUGCGCCGGCCAAGCGGAGCAAGGUGGAUGGGAUCCCAAAACGGGCGAAUUUUACAAGGAGAUUAACGCGCAGAUCGACCAAGCAUUCGCCAACGUCGAUCUCAACUUGAAAGACGCCGGCGGCAAGGGCUGGGAACAAGUGUACAGGGUCAACUCAUACCAUGUGCCAAUCAACAACGAAGCUUUGGAUGCCAUGGUUAGGAACUUCAACAAAUGGAUGCCGAACCAUAAGCCUAUUUGGACAUGUGUGGGGGUGACGAGACUAGGUGAAGACGACAUGCGCGUGGAGAUUGAGGUUGUUGCGCACGAUCCCGAACGUGCUGCAAAGGCUUGA